UAAAACUCCAAAUCUCUUCAUGCUUGUUACAAGUUGUAUGUCUCACCCCCAGCCAUUUUGGCCGAUCAAAGUCCAAACGAUGGCUCCCACUAUAUGCUACCGAUGCAAUUCCGCUCGUGCCCUCAUAAUACGCCCCAAAAACAGACAUAAGCUCUGCAAACCCUGCUUUCUUGAAAUUUUUGAAACUGAAAUCCACAAUACCAUAACCGCCAACGCUCUUUUUUACCCAGGUGAACGCGUCGCAAUCGGUGCCAGUGGCGGCAAGGACAGCACGGUCCUCGCCUCGGUUCUGAAAACGUUAAAUGAGCGUUAUAGUUAUGGCCUGGAGCUUAUGCUCCUCUCCAUCGAUGAGGGAAUCCACGGAUAUCGCGAUAAUAGCCUGGAAACAGUUAAGCGCAAUGCGGUGCAAUAUUCCAUGCCUUUGGAAAUAGUGGGCUACGGUGAACUAUACGGCUGGACGAUGGACCAAGUAGUUUCAGAGAUUGGAAAAAAAGGGAAUUGCACUUACUGCGGAGUGUUUAGGAGACAGGCGCUUGACCGCGGUGCUGCCAAGUUAGCCAUUAAACAUGUCGUUACUGGACAUAAUGCGGAUGAUGUUGCAGAGACUGUUAUGAUGAACCUACUACGGGGCGAUCUACCUCGACUAGCACGGGCAACCAGCAUUGUGACAGAGUCGACGGCAAGCGACAUUAAACGGAGCAAACCACUCAAGUAUGCCUAUGAGAAGGAAAUAGUACUGUACGCGCACCACAAGAAACUGGAUUAUUUUAGUACAGAAUGUAUCUAUUCACCAGAAGCGUUUCGAGGGAGUGCUAGGACGCUGAUUAAGGACCUGGAGAAAGUUCGCCCAAGCUCUAUAUUGGAUAUUGUCAGGAGCGGGGAAGACAUGGCGAGGCUAGUACCUCCAGAAAUAAGUGGAUCCGGCAAAUGUGCUACCCGUCCUUUGGCCACAUCCACUGAGGGAGAGAGAGAUGAUUUCGCGGCUGGCGGGUGCGGUAACGAGGGCGGGAGGACAAACGACGGAGAAUUGAUUGAGAUGGAAAAGAAACUGAGGAAAGACCGGAGAAUUACUGCUAAUGAAACCGAGAUUUCACCAUAUAGGAAACCUCAAAGUAGAGGUAGAGGUCCAGGUCAAAAGCAGGUGAAGUUGCAAACCAUGGGUCAAUGCGAGCGAUGUGGUUAUAUGGCUAGCCAAAGGAUUUGCAAAGCUUGCAUGUUGCUUGAAGGACUGAACAAGAGCCGUCCGAAAACCACGAUCGAAUUGGCUGUUGGGAUAGAUGAGGAGGAAAGCAGCUGGACGCUUAUGAGGCAGAUGGAGGCUGUGCGAUUAACGAAUGGAAAGUAGAAGUUCGGUGGUUUUCAUUUCCCGGCAUUCCGAAUACCAUCACACUCAGCCGUGUCUAGUCAACCGCCCUCAUCGCCGCCCGGCAACCAUACGUGGCCGACCUAACUGUCCUCAUGAUGUGGAAUACUAGGGAUUUCCCGUGGAGGAAGAGUAUCCAUGGAUAUGAUAUUUGCAUUUGAUGGUUUGAUGAAGGUAGAGAUUACGAGCUUGAAGUUUCGGCCUGUGAAUAAUAGAACUGAAAUUCCAUAGUGGAUGAAUUGGAGAUAUGACACGUCUCUAUCAAGCAUGCUGAUCCGUCCGCCCCGUUAUCCCGAGCUCUACUAUUCCAUUCGGAUUCUUCCUUGCUUUAUCAACCGAUCGAUUCUUGUCCUCAACGGUUGCCCAAAUCACACAAUUCGCUAGAAUACUGUUUGAUGGUUAUUAUGCUCUUCUUUAGUCCGUCCGUUCUCUAGGUGAAAACAACGAAUAGAGAUAACAAACCAUAUUCAAACAAUAUGAAGGAUUAGUGGCGUGUUCACGCCUUACAUGCACAUGUACGGAAUUCAGAAGUUCAAGCUGAAGAAGGCAAAAGGACCUGGCAUUGCAACUAGACUCCCCAUUUUUAGAAUUUCCCCUUGCUACUAUAUACAGACACAUCUUUCAAAUCAAAUGAAUGACAUUCCGGUGGCCCUCUAAAACAAGGAACUAUAUAUGUUUCUUUUAUAGAUGGAACAAUACCAAUAAAACAACGGAAAUACAGCUAUAAACAAAGCUCCCUACUAAACCAUGAGCCGAAACCAAAGAGAAAAGAUAAUUUGUUACCAUUCCCAAGUGCUCGUUUGCGUUUAGUCGUAAAAUAUCAUGUUAAGCAUGGGAUUACUUGUUUUUCGCGAUAAAAAUAGAAAUUAUGUUUACAGCAGUACUUCACACAGUAGUCUGUUCAGGUAGAGUAUAGUUUCCCGACUUAGAUAAAUGUAGAUGUGGGGGUUGAAUGGAGUAUAAAGGGAGGGCGGCCGUGUUUUGGAUGAGAAAAGGAGAGAGCUAUACAAACUGCGCAAUGCGGCGCGGUUAUGCGUAUACCGUUUAAGGCGGUUUUGAAACGCAAUCCCUAUGUAGGGUACACUGCAGCUAUACCCUUGGAAGUUGUAAAUAUUUGCUGAUGGUUGGCGGGGGUAGUAGGGGUGAUAGCUACUGGCAUGCGAUUACAGAUCCCUCUACCA